GCACAGGCCCAGGGCAGUGCCCGUCCCCUGUGCUGGGCACUGAUGAGGCCACACCUCAAAUCCUGGGAUCAGUUCUGCGCCUUUCAAGGACAUUGAGGGGCUGGAGCGUGUUCAGAGAUGGGGACGGAGCUGGGGAAGGGGCUGGAGUACCAGGAAGAGCUGAGGGAGGUCGGGGGUCUCAGCCUGGAGAAAAUGAGGCUCGGGGGACCUUCUUUCUCUACAACUUCCUGACAGGAGGGGGAAGCUAGUGGGGUUGUGCUCUGUGCCCAAGGAGAAAAGGGGAGGACAAGAGGAAACAGCUUCAAGUAGCACCAGGAAAGGUUUAUAUUGGAUCUUAGAGAAAAGUUCUCUGAAAGUCCUGUCCAACCUUGCCACCGGCUGCCAGGGCAGUGGUGGUGUCCUCAUCCCUGAAGAGAUUUAAAAGCCCUGUGGAUGUGGUACUUGGGGACAUGGGUUAGUGGUGGCUUUGGCAGUGCUGGAGGAAUGAUUUGACUUGAUGGUCACAGCGAACUUUUCCAACCUAAAUGGGGAUAAAACCCACCUCUGGCAGAAGACUUUGCAUCCAGGGCUGGUAUAACACAGCCUAUGGUGGAGCAAGCACUCCACCUUAUUUUCAAAACCUCUUUCAAAACCUGUGUGGAAUGUCUCAUUCCAGCAGCUGCAGGGUGUGAAACUGACUGUUGUUUGAGCACAGCACAGACGCCCUGACAUAAAACAUGAGAAUUCUAACACCAAAAAACAGGUUUUCUGAUGCCUCCUCCAGCAGAACUGUGAGGCUAGGAAUGCCACUGAGUGUCCCAGAAAUGCUGCUUAGAAGGAAAAUAAAGGGAAAAGAUAAGAAAGUCUCUGCUAGUGGGGAGAACACAACAGCAUAGUGCAAGUACCAAAACACUAAAUCCCUUUAGGAUCUGCUUUCUUAAUGCACUUCAUUAAAACACAAAAUAAAUUUAAAAAGCAUGUAUGGAGAAUAUCCCAAAGGGAGCAGGUAAAUCAGGAGAGGCCAAGCAAAGGAAAAUCUUGGAAACACUUGUUAUCAGUUCCCACUGGCCCAGCUCCUGCUGGGUUUGCUGACUACCCAGCGAGCAGUGCUGAAAACAUGCAAUGUUUUCCUCAGUGUAGGAUAAACAGAUGCAGCUGUGGCCAGAGCCUUAUCAGGGAUCUCAGGGCUCCGGCAGAAAUAAUCCCUGACUGCUCCAUGGGUGGCAGAACUGUUAUUAGGGUCACCACAGCAGGAGUCACCAGCUUGGUCCAGCUGUCCCCCAGGUGAAUCUGGCUCUGCCCAAGUGGACACUCCCCUUGGCUCGGGGAAAGGAUGGCAGGACAUGAAUCCUUUCCAGGCCCUUUGGGAUGUGACUCCCUGGCAAUGACUCUACUGUAAUCCCCAACACCUGUCAGAAUUUCCCAGUAAAGAGAACAACAACUCUUCCACACUAUGUUUACAAAAAGCCACAAUGACUUGGUUAGAGUAGUAGUAGAGUAGUUAGAGUAGUAAUUCUUCCACUUCUGGGACACUUCUGCUUUCAUUAGCAGAAUAUUGGGAGAAUUAAUUGGGAAUGGAUGACAUGACCAAGGUGCUCCUGGUAUUCAGGGGGAUAAGGGCAACUCGCUAGGUUUUGUGGGAUGCAGAAAUUUAUAGCAUUAGUACUGGAACCCGUGCUCGAUGUAACCUUCCAGAAUAUUCAACCCCGACAGAUCACAUCCCAGCAGUUUUCCAUAACUCCCCAGAAGGACAUCAGCCCCGAGAACACGGCGGCAGUCGAGGAGCGAGGCGAGCAGUGUGGAAGACCGGGCUGUUCCGUGCCCCGCGAUCCGCAGAUUCUCGAGGAUUUUCUGCUGCUGGAAGAUGCUCUUCUGCUGGAAGAGAUGGCUGAGGAGGAUGAGGAGCUCGACCUGUACAACGAGAUGACUUUUGGGUUAGACCGAGACUCCACAGAGGAGGAUGUCCAAAAACUCCUGGUAGUACCAGACAUAAGCCCUGAGGUGGCCAAAGCACUGGUAGAGGCGACUGGAGGAGCAGCUGAGCAGCUGGAGGAGCUGGCCGAGGAGGAAGAUGGGAUAGAGGUGGAGCAGGUUAACUCUCAGUUGGAGGAAGAGGUAGAGGAGCUGGGGACUGAGGAACAGGAGGAAGACCAGGAGUGCUUUGAGGAGCCCAGUGAACUGGGAGACCCAGCAGUGAUGAGAGCUGUGCGGAGCAAACCCACGCUGGAGAGCCAGGACUCGGCAGUGCUGGACAGCAGGAUUGGUACUUGCUGGGGAGAGUUUGGCAAGAAGGACAUGCUGUCAAUGGAUCCCUCGGAGUGGGGCUCCUUCCCUGGCAGUGUUCUGCGCCACCUCAUGCUGGAGGAUAAAGCCAUCCUCCAGGUCUUGGAGAGACCUCCACCAUCUACCAGCAUGGACGUGGACUUUGUUGGCUCUCCUGUGCAGAGGGGCUAUGGGGGCUCUCCCUGGCUCAAGUGCCCUGACUUAAGACUGAUGUCCCCCAAGCCCUUCCCCCAGUGCUUUCUCCAGCAGGCACCCCUGAUGUCUCCUCAACCCUUCCCACCGGCUUGCAGACCCCCUCCACUCUUUGCUCCCAACCAGAUGGCGGGAUAUGCACCUCCAACCCCUUUCCAGCCUGGGUCUCCCACUGUGGGCAGCCCACCGCGGCCCCUGGGCGUGCACUUCAGGCCCAUGUCCUCUUCUUUGGACCCUGCUCUCAUCUUCAGCCCCUCAGCCAUGGGCCAGCUAAACUUCAGCACACCCAGCCACAUGACUCAGCUGCACCCCCAGCACCAGCGCAUCCUGAUGCAGCAGCAGGGCAGGCAGAUGCAGAGCGUCUCCCCCAAGAAGCUGUGGUCUUGUAAAGUGGACCCUUAUGCUGGACUGAUGACUUCCAAGGAGAAGGACUGGGUUGUCAAGGUGCAGAUGAUGCAGCUGCAGAGUGAGAAUAUGGAUGAUGACUACUACUAUCAGACCUACUACCACCGGCUGGAGCGCAAACAGGCAGAGGAGGAGCUGCUGGGCAGGCGCAACAAGCCCCCCAAGCUGAUCACGCCGUUCAUCCAAAAAGUGGAGACCUAUGACUCUGUGGUGCGCAUUGCUGGCUCGCUGGGCCAGGUCACGGUGUCCACCUGCUACAGCCCUCGCCGGGCCAUCGAUGCUGUGCACCAUGCCCUCGUGGAGGAGGAGGCCGCAGAGACCCACCUGCUGCGGGCGCUGCACAGGAUCGAGAAGCUCUUCCUGCAGCUCCUGGAAGUGGAGGAGGUGCAACAGAAAGUGUCUCUGGCCCUCGGGGAGCAACAGCCCCACAAGCAGGAGCAGAAGAGCCAAAAAGUGGAGAAUAUCUACCAAGCUUUGAAAAUCAGGGCUUGCAGCAGUGAAGAGGAGGCAGAAGAUGAAUUCCUGCAGCUGCUGUGUGUGCGGAAGGGCAAGAAGCUUGUGGCCCGGCUGCUGCCCCACUUGAUUGGAGAGCAGAAGGAGAAGAUCCUGCUGACCAUCACCCACCACCUGGCCUUCCUCAUGAAGAAGGACAUGUUGGAUGAGUCUCUCCCCCUGCUCUACAGCCCAUUGAAUGAGGUGGUGGGUGAGAUGACCUUCAGCAAACUGAUUGAGAUACUGCAGGAGCUCACCCGGCCUCUAUCCAAGUCUUCAGAGCUCCCCCUCACCAUGGCCUUGAAGAACAAGUUUGGCAUCUCCUUGCUCUAUUCCCUGCUGAGCCACGGAGAGAGGCUGCUGUCCUCACAUGCGCCACUGACGCCGUGCAGAGGGGAUUUCGAGGCAUGGACGGACACGGUGUACCUGAUGUCCCGAGAGCUGUCGCGCCUGCCUACAGGCUUGCUGGCAGAGCCCCUCUUCCUGCCCAGCAACCUCGUCUCGCUCUUCUGCCGCUACGUGGACAAGCAGACUCUGUAUCACCUGGCAGCCAAGAUGGCUGAGUGUUCUCCGUUGCCCACAGAGACUGACGUAUUCUGCUGAGCCCUGGGUGCUGGGGAUGGGAAUGGGCAGGACCCGAUGGCUUUGGAAGUGAACACUUACCCUGGUGCAGGGCACUCUGGGUGACACGGGCAGGGCUGGCACUGAGGGACUGGUGCCACCCUGUCUCGGUGCCUGGGGGGAGGCUGUGGGUGGGUGUGACUUAUUUUGGCCUCCCCCUCGGCAGUGGGUGCUGGGUCACGGCAGGGGCUGAGGCAGGGCACAGAGGUGCUGGGAGCACCUGGGGGGUGAUUUUGUCUACGGCACAUUCUGUAGAGUGCUUGAUAGAGAAUAAAAAGGUGAUUAUGAGCUC